UUUAUUGUCUCUUUCGCUCUGUCAUUUUUUUCUCUUCUCCUUCAUGCCAACAUGUGUCUUGUCUGGCUGCUCUGUGCUGAAUAGAAGGUGUAGCUGCUUGUCGCAUGGACAGUGUUUGUCUUUGAGGAAAACUUCAGUAACAGGCAGCUCCUAAUUUCAUGCUUCAGUGUUUCAAUAAAAAUCUAUAGCUACUCUGUUUGUCACUCCCCUAAUUAAACCUGUAUAACAAGGGGGAUUCAUGUACCCAAGUGCAGAGUUUAUAGUCAAUGUUGACUGUGAGUCUGUGGUUUGUUGCAGUGUUACAUCCUUACAGACACAUUCUGGGCCUGUGGCAACCGGACAUCGGUCCCUAUGGGGGACUACUUAAUGUGGUGGUGGAUGGCCUGUUUAUUAUCGGCUGGAUGUAUCUCCCCCCUCACGACCCCCAAGUCAAUGACACCAUGCGGUGCAAACCUUUGUUCCGAAUUCACUUGUGGGAAAAGCACCAGGCAGAGGUGGAGUGCAUGUACGGCCACAAGGGCUCACACAGAGGGGAUGUCCAGAUUGUAAAAAAGGAUGAGUUUUCCACCAAGUGUAACCAAACAGAUCACCAUCGAAUGGCUGGCGGCCGGCAGGAGGAGUUCAGGACGUGGCUGGCGGAGGAGUGGGGUCGUACCCUCGAAGAUAUCUUCCAUGAGCACAUGCAGGAGCUCAUCCUGAUGAAGUUCAUCUACACCAGUCAAUAUGAUAACUGCUUGACAUAUCGCAGGAUCUAUUUGCCGGUGCCCAGCCCAGAGGAUCUGAUACCCCCUGGCCUGUUUAAAGGGACGUAUGGGAGCCAUGGGCUGGAGAUCGUUAUGCUGAGCUUUCACGGGACUCACCUCAAAGUCACCAAAAUCACGGGAGACCCAAAUGUGCCCGCGGGACAACUGACGCUGCACAUCGACAUGACCCGCCCAGUGAGGCUACCGGACAUCGAGCAGCUCCGCAACUUUGAGGAGUUGUCACGAAUUGUGCUGGAAAUUCAUCAACAGGCACAGCAAAGCCCUGACCCCCGGGAACACUGGCAGGAGAAUGCCCAGCGCAGCGUGGAGGAUCUGCAGACCACACACAACAGCAUGGAGCAACCGAAGCUUGGAUCGACACCUGAGGAGACCAGCAGCAAGACGGGCACAGUGGGCGCGGGAGCAGGGAUGGCAGAGGGAGUGGUGUCUGCUGGCCAGCCCUUCGUACUUCCUGUGGGAGUCCUGGCUCGGAAUGAGAUGUAUCCAAGGAUGUGUCGCACUUGUUUUUACGGGACGGGUCUGAUCGCCGGUCACGGCUUCACCAGCCCUGAGCGGACUCCGGGCCUUUUCAUCUUGUUCGAUGAGGAUCAUUUUGGCUUCAUCUGGCUCGACCUGAAAUCCUUCAGUCUGUGCAGCAGGAUCGAAGACUCACUGAGAAAUGUGGCAGCUCCAUCCAGAGAGGCCUUCGCAGAGAUGCUCAAAAAUAUGCAGUCCUGGACCUCCUGACCGACGUCAGACUGUUACUGAGCGAGGCUGAGCUCCAGCAAGCACUGGCCACAGAGUGAACUAUCCCACUUACAGGAAGCUGCCAUUCCCCAAUUCACUAAAGCAUGCACUUUGGGAAAAGAGUGGCACAUUGAGCUGCCACAGCAACUCUUCGCCCCCCCCCCUCCCCCCGACAUAGUAAAAGCUUCUAACCCGCAGGAUGUUGCUGUAAUGAUUUUAAGGAACUUGAUUUCAGCAACAUGUGCCUAGGCUGAGCAGUGAUUCCCGCGUGCUUGCAGCCUCCCAGGACUCGAGUGUCAGACCCACACAACAAUCACACUAACCGUCUGAAGCUCUGAGAACUUUGUUUACAAGAGAUUGCGAGGCUCUGCAAAUGACUUACUUUUGCUACAAACUAUUGACCAUUGAACAUGUUUAGCUUAUUUGUUAGAAACGAAGGCAGGACAGGAAGGUGUGACUUUUAUAUUGAUAAGGCACACCUCUGCACACGAGCACCUUUGUGUGGCUUUACUAACACAGACAGACGGAUGAGUGAGUGAGGCGUUAUUGUCAGGAAUAAACUUAUUUAAGUUCAGUUAUUGAGCCAUUCUGUUUGAAAGAUUUUUAUAUUUAUGUUAAAAGAAACUUUAUAAAAGAAAUUUUAUGUUGAAAGGAAAUUUAGUGUUAAUGUGUUUGUGCAGAUAAUUAUUUAAGGUUUGGGAUCUGAGCCGCCAUUAAACUAACUUUGGGAAAUUG